AUGUUAUGUAAUAAUACAACUGAGAGCAGUUUAGGUUCAUUUGACAUUAAAAUACCAACCAAUAAUAUGACUGGAAAAAUCUAGAAAAUGUACAGUAAUACUGCAGUUAUUUUACAUUAUAACAGUCAUAGAACAAGUUUAUGGCUUUUUAUGGGACUUUUAACAUCAACCUCUGAGGAUAUAGAGCAUAAUAAAAUACAUGUAUUAAUAUUUUUGAUACUUUUCUUUAGAUGAGAUCGGAAAUGUUUUGUUAUUUCCACAAGUGACAGAUCAAAUUAACUUAUUAUAUUGGAACAUAUGGACUUUGCCAAGCUUCAACUAUUGUGAGAGAUAUUUGAGACCAUGUCUAAAUAGUGUGCAAAGAUGAUUUCAAAGAAGAAAUUGUUAGGAUUAAUGCUUAUUGUGCUUUGUGGAUUGUUAUUCACAAAGUCAACUGAACGGUUCUUUAUAUACCACGAGAAACAAUGUGGAGAUUCCACGUCAAGAAACAACACAAGAAGUGAUAAAGCUAUUAACCAUGAGGAACAAUCUAAACUGAUACUGAAUGAAACAUUUAAGCAUCAUUUUGAAUUGGAUGGUGCUGUAUUUUCAGAUAAAGGCAUAGCAUUAAGUGUCUCAUAUGUUGUCUCAACAUCUCUUGUGUACUCAUUCUCACCAAGAGUGGAACAGUCAGCAAGAAAGAUGUACAUCCUGGAUGGACGUGACAAUAAACUUUACGCCAAUAGCCCAGCUAUUUCAUGGUUCAGAGGACGACUAUUUACGGUACUAAGGAUAUGGCUGCAGAACGAAGCUUAUGAAAAAGCCCAAAAAUGGCCUGCAAAUAGGUUUCAGGAUAACACUUUAUUCACGCAACAAUUCAAUAAAUUCAUGAAGCCGUUGACCAAUGGAUCCCUUGUUGGUAUGGUAACCCCAAAAUGGCAUUUAGGGGAUGGCCCGAUUGAACCAAGGCUUUUUACGUUUAGGAACCGUUUAUUAAUGACAUUUAACACAGGCUAUAUAUCAUCACAUGACAGUAUGCGCGAUUUUACAUUCAUCAUGGAUAUAGAAUCCAAUGUGUUGAUACGCCCUCGAAUCCAUGGUUCCAAGCCAAAACCAGAAACAAGGGACAAACACUGGAUACCAUACAUCGACAACAAUGAACUUUACUUUGUGCAUGGUUUUGAUCCACUCCGUAUCCUUAAAUGUCAAUUAGGGGCUGACACUUGCGAUUGUGAGUUUGAAAUACUUCGUGGAAACCUAACAGCAGAAUUUAGCAAUGUUAAAACUCCUUUAAGGGGUGGGACCCCAAUGGAAAAGUACAAAGGCUCAUAUUAUAUCUCUAUUACGCAUGCAACACUGUAUAAAAAAGCUACAAGUGUGAGGUACUAUACAUUUAAUGUCGUAGUAUUCUGCACAACACCGAAACCAAGAAUAGUGUAUGUAAGUGGCCCUAUAAAAAUUCACAAUGAUCUUUCAAAAAAGUACCCAAUAGUUAGAAGUUGGAUGAUAGAGAACCCAUUUGUAUUUCCCGUUGGGAUACUCCUUGAGGAUAUGGAUAGUGUUAUUAUAGGGGGCCAUAUAAGUGACCACAGUAGUGUACUAUUAAGACUGACAGGGUUACAAGCUAUUAUGAAGACUGUUAUAUCAUCAGAUCAAGAAUCCUUUAAACCACAACAAGGCCCUCCUGAUUAUGCCUUACAAACAUAUGUAAGAGAUGCUGCUACUAAAUCUGAAGGCAUUCAGUUCCAUUGACGCAGGUGGCUUUCUAUAGACUGCAUAUUUUGCUUAUGGGGAACUAAGAAGUCUGGGACUUUCAUAAAGACAGACACGUGUGCAAUUAAAUAGCUAUAACAGUUCACUAUAUAAGAGCUUAUAACAACCUUAUCAAAAUUUGACUUUACUGAUUCUGUACUGAAAAUACAGGAUAUAUUUACAUCACAUGGACCAACCAGAUUGAGAACGGAAAUUACACCAUCAUAUAAUAGACUCUAAUAUGUUGUUACCUACGAAUUCUGUUAUUCUGUUAUGUUAUGUUACGUUACGUUACAUUACAUUAUUUUGCGUUACUUUAUGUUUUGUAAUGUUGUUAUGAAAAUACUGUUAUGAAAGUAUAUGCUGUAGAGCGUCAAUGUUAAAAAAGAGAAUGUGUGUUAAGAAAUUAAAAUAUAAUAUUAUGUAAUAUUUAAAUUUAACUAGAACUGGUAACUCCUUAAAGGAAUAUUCCUUGCCAGAUGAUUUCUCUCCUGAUAUGGUAGUUAUGAGGUUUUAUCCUAUGCCAAGUAGAGUUUUAGGGAGAUAAGUUGGUAAGAUAUAUCCCUUAUCCUGAUUUUGAGGUUCCAUAUCCUGAACCUCCAUAUCUCCCACUCCAGGGCAUAUCUUCCCACUUCGAUAAAAA